AUAAAUUUUAAAAACAAUUAAUUAAUUAAUAAAAGUAAAAGUCAUCUUCUUCGUCGUCGUCGGAGCUUCUGCUCUGCUCAGCUCAGCUCAGCUCAGCUCGGAGAGAGCUUCCAUGGCCAUUGCCAAUUCUCUCAACUGGUCUCGAGCUUCCACCAUCACCUGCAGAGCCAGAGGUCCUCUCCACUCUCAAUUCACCACCAAAUUCAAAUCCAGAAUUCCCGUCCCCUUCAUCUCCUUCCUCUUCCUCAACUGCACUUCUCGAAGCGUGAGAGCGGAUUCCGCCGCCUGUUCGUCUCCGGUUCUGGAGGAUACUCCGGCGGUCGAUUCCACACCGGUGAUCGAGCUCGCUUUGAAUCUCGACGAAUACGAUCAGACCAACGGCCAUUUGCCGGACGAUUCCGCCGAAUUAAAUGCCCUAAUCCGCAGUCUAUUUAGGGAUUCAGAAACGCACCAUCUCGCUUACGAGUACUACCGCAAGGCGAGAGGGAAAGACCAUUUUACACCCGAAAGGUACACUUUAACCCUCGUUGUAAAUUACUUGAUCCGUACCGCGAACUGGAGCUUGCUGUUCUCGUUAAUUGAGGAUGUUAGGGUUCUCAAAGUUUUGCCUGAUACGGCCGCGUGUUGUAGAUUGGUUAGUGUUGCCAUUAAAGCUAGGAAAUUGAAGCUUGUGAAUAGUUUUGUGGAUGUUCUUAUUCUCCUCUGCAACGACGACAUGGACACUGCUGUCUUGCCCAUAAACUGUUCGAUGAAAUGCUGCAACGAACUGCAUAUGUACAGAACAACAAUUGCUUACUACCAAAGGAUGAAAUCUGCUGGCUUAGAUCUCAACUUGUCUUCAUAUCAUCACAUAAUGAAAGGUUACAUGAAAUUAGGACAAUUUGAGAAAGUAGUUGUCGUUUUCGAAGAUCUUGAUCGUAAAAAGAUAGCUCGAAACGGGCAGGAAGCGACGACAUUAUACAGUCGAAUCUAUUGGUUUCUAUGUGAAUCUUUGGGGAGAUUAGGGCGCAAUUACGAAGCUCUCGAGUACUUUCGAGAAAUGUCGAGGAAAGGAAUCCCGGAGAACCAUUCACUGUACGCAUCUUUGAUCGGUUCUUUCACGAGCAGAGGCGAUUUGACGAUGGCGGAGGAGCUUCUGCAGGAGGCGGAGGGGAAGGAAAUGGUGAGAGAUCCAGCUCUGUUCUUGAAGCUCGUUCUACGGUACAUCAAAGACGGGAUCGUGGAGAAGACGCUCGACGUCGUCGCAGUGAUGAGACGAGCGAACGUCCGUGUUUCUGACUGCAUUUUAUGCGCGAUCGUCAACAGCGUAUCGAAGAAACACGGCUACCGCGGCGCGGCCAAGGUGUACGAGCAGCUAGUGGCGGACGGAUGCGAGCCAGGGCAAGUGACGUACGCGUCGAUUGUGAACGUCUACACGAGGCUCGGAGCGUACGCAAAGGCGGAGGCGACGUUCUCCGAAAUGGAAACAAGGGGGUUCGACAGGUGCGUCGUGGCGUACUCGAGCAUGGUGGCGGCGUACGCGAAAAUGGGGAGGCCUCGUGACGCGACGCGGCUGAUCGCGAAGAUGAAGGCGAGGGGGUGCGAGCCGAACGUGUGGACGUACAACGCGAUCCUCGACAUGCAUGGGCGGGCGCAGAAUCUGCGGCAGGUGGAGAAGACGUGGAAGGAGAUGGAGAGGAGGAGAGUUGCGCCGGAUCGGGUGAGCUACACGACGGUGAUCGGGGCGUACAAUCGGGCGAGGGAGUACGGCGGGUGCGUGAAGUAUUACGAGGAUUAUAAAGGGCGCGGCGGGAAGAUCGAUCGGGCGAUGGCGGGGAUAAUGGUCGGGGUGAUGUCGAAGAUGAACAGGGUGGAUGGGAUAGUAGAGGUGUUGCAGGAGAUGAAGAUGGAGGGGAUGGUGAGGGUGGAUGGGAGGUUUUAUAGGUCAGCCAUGAAUGCACUGAGGGAAGCUGGACUUGUGCUUCAGGCAAGAUGGAUGCAGCAACACUUCAAGAUGAUUGUCUGAAUUCCAUUCCAGGUUUGAUUUUAUUUGAUUUGGUUUCAUUUAUGGUGUUUUUGUGUUUGUGUUUUGGUAUUAGGGAAUGAACAAUGUAUAUUUCUUGAAUAAUGAUAGAUGAUGAAUGGAACAUAUUAAGAUUUGGUCAAAGAUUGAAUUUUUGGUAUGUUUGUAUAGUAGAGAAAUUGAAAUCAAGAUUUUGAAAGAUUGCAUCUUUUUACCUCUUAA